AUGCUUCCUUCACCUUUGGUAGAUAAAACCCUGAAAAAUGAGUGCUGGAAGAGCCAGAAACUUUCUGUAAAAAUCAUCGAGGCUAAGCAUCUAGAUUGGGACAAAUCAGAUAUCUCGUGCGAUUCGUUUUGUGUUGCUCGUAUUGACAACAAUAGUGAUACAGAAGCUCGGACCCAAACCGUUUUUUCCAGCAAUUCUCCUUUUUGGUCGGAAGAUGUCCAGUUUGAAAAUAUUCAAGGAUUUCAUGAGUUGAAAUUAGUUGUCUGGAAUGAAAACAAGUCCAAGUAUGGCGCACCUCGCCCAUUAGGAAAAAUUAUUUUUUCCAAACAAUUUUUGCAAGGAGGAGACGACCAGUGGUACAUGCUACAAAACGCAGAUAGUGAAUUUCCAUCUUUAGGACAAGUCAGGGUUAGGAUCAAGCAUUUUCCUCCUAAAAAACGCAGACAAGUGCAUGGUUUCUCUGUGCGCAUCCUUACUGCUCGAAAUUUAUACAAAAAAGAUCCAGCAUAUCUUCCAAAUCCAUUUGCAGUGUUUCACUUGCUCCCGGAUCCCGACGCUAUAUCUACUCAACAAACUCGUGUUCAAAAUCGUACAGUAAAUCCAACCUUUUCAGAAACAUUUUUUUUCACAUACAACGUUAACGAGGGUGGCAAUACAGUUGAAAGAUCGAUUCAUUGCUCAAUAUGGGAUCAAAAUGCAUUAACAGAAAAUGAUACCAAUGGAUUUUUGGGACAAAUUAUUAUUCCACUUGACAAAAUUAUUCGUAGACAACAUUGUGAUCGUUGGUAUUGGCUGAAUCCUCUGUCAGCUGAUAGCGCUAAUAUGUACAUUGAACGAAAAGCACGAAUGCGUAAAAAAUCACUCACCGAAGAAGAAAAACGAAACCGUCCUCGCGAUCUUAUUAAAAGCAUAUACAAAUCUGAAGCGGUAUCUCCACAAACUCGCAAGCUGCAUCAGUUUUCCGAGGUUGGAAUGGCAUUUUCCACAUGUGCGUUUUGCAACAAUGUCAUGAUUGGAACACAUUUACAGUGCACCAAUUGUAAUAUAAUCUGCCAUCAAAAAUGCAAGGACCAAGUACUUCCUAUUUGUGGAGGAGUUGGAGCCAUUCGACUGCGGCUUAAACUUAUCGAUACGAUUGUUAUGCCGCUGUGUCACUACUCAGAUCUUCUCAAUCUUAUUCAAGAAAACGCUUAUUCUAUACCUGUUAUUUUAGGAAAAGUAAGCCAAGAUCGUGAAGAUGCAGCUCGUAGCCUGAUUAGAAUAUUUGAAACCAAUGAUACUGCCUUACGGUUUUUAAAAGCCGCAGUAGCUCAUGAAAUCUCACUUGCACCUGAUUCACGUACUCUAUUUCGUGCAAACUCUAUGGCAUCCAAAGCUGUCGACGUGUUCAUGAAACAUGUUGGCUUGGAUUACUUGAAAGCAGUGUUGGGAGGUCCUGUGUUGGAGAUUGUACAAUCAGUCAAAUCUGGCGAGCUGGAUCCUUUGCGAAUUGAAAAGUCUGAUAAACCUGAAAAGAUUCUUCAGCGGAAUAUUGAAGUUUUGAUGCAUUUUAACAAAAUCAUUGUUGACGGUAUUAUGAAAAGUGCCGACUUGAUGCCCACAUUGCUGAAAGGGUUUUUCUGGUUUCUACAGGAGACAGUGGCCAAAAAAUUUGAAAAAGAAAGUGUUGUACGGUAUACCUGUAUCAGUGGCUUUAUAUUUUUGAGAUUUUUUGCACCUGCUGUAUUGGGACCAAAACUGUUUGGUUUGGAUGUUGGCACAAUUGAUGCACGGUCGGCACGAAAUCUCAUGCUUGUAGCAAAGACGUUGCAAAAUUUGUCGAAUCUGGUCGAGUUUGGUCAAAAGGAAUCUUACAUGGCUCCAAUGAACGAAUUUAUUAAGAACCAUAUGGCUGACAUGAAGGAAUUUAUUGAAGCAAUAUCGAGAAAACCACUAUUAAGAGAGAAAACAAAAAGCCAUUGUGUAUUAGCAGAUCUUCCGACCUUUCAUGAUAUUUUAGCAAACAAUGCAAAACAAUCAGCUUUGAUUGCGCGGGAAUGUGCUGAGCUUCAAGAGAUAUUUUCAAAUUCGCUUGACAAGAUGAUUGCAAUUGAGCCUGCCAACAAAAGUCUUUCUGCGCUUGGCGAAACUCUCGCCCAACUCGAUCAAAAAGUUCUUCAACACGUACUUAAACUAAAUGAGAAUGAGUUGGAUGCUGUGCCUUGGCAAUCAGACGAUGAGGCUGACAAUCAAAAUGGCAGUGAGCAGGAAGAUGGUGCAAAAGAAAUAUUACAGACGGAUCUGGCCAAGGAAAGCGAGGACGAGCGUAAAAUCAUGCGAAUGCUUAGACGGUGUUCAUCCACAUCAAUGCAAUCACUCAUGGGAAGCUACCGACACUCGGUAGAUAUACGCGAAUCAAUAGUUAAAGGAAACAUUAAAUGCGAUCCUUUGCCGUUAUCUUUGAUAUCCACCACAAACAAGAAUGAAACCUUGCCUUCCACUGGAUCAAGUACAUUUGCGGUUCCACACGAUAAACAACUUUUACGUAUGUCAAGCAGAGGAACACAAUCUUCAUUUGGAAUUUCUGCGUCGUCUUUUUCACGUACCCUAGAUAUCAUUGAAAAUACAGAAGAAGCUCAACUUGCAGCCAACUCUAAAAUGGCUGAAAAGAAACCAAAUUGUGGAAGAGCCAAUGAGCUGCGUAUGUCUCGUGCAGCAAGUGAAGUAUCACUUGCUGUUUCUGAUAAAUCUGGUAGUGGUAAGGUUGGACGCGAUAGCUUGACUUCACGUGUGACAAAUAGUCUUGGAUACUUCAACAAACUAUUGUUUGAUGGAAAAUCUACAAUUGUGGGCGAUAGCAGUACCAGUAGUUCCGAUUUGUUGUCUUCAAGUGGGAGAGGAAGCAUUACUUCUUUUAUGCGUCGCAACAAAGCUGAGGAUUCAAAAGAGAUUUCAUCAGUUUCUGUAGAACCUAAUUCACAACCGCACAAUCUUUCAUCUUCAUUCACUAACCCUGUAACGCUUUCGCAUGACAGAAUAGAAGCUGAGCCAUGGCCACUUUCUAAAGCCUGUAAUGACCACACACAGAGCAAGGAUUCAAAAAAUAGUCGCGCUUCCACUGAAGAAAAAGCAAAAAUAACAAAGAAUGAUGUACAAGAUAUCACUUGUAUUGCACCUUGCAACAUUUCUUUACUAGAAAUUCCCCCUAGUGAAAACUCUGCAAAAGUAUCAUUACCAUCUGCAGAAAAAACAGAUCAACCACAGCUACUCUGUAAGUGUGUUUUGAACAAAAAUGUAACUGAAAAGGUAGAUCUUCAAACCCCUACUGAUGGCGGUGUAUUGGAGCAGUCGUCUUCUCGUAAAAUUUCUAUGCCACGCCAUACUCGUCGUAGAACGGUGGGAUCGAAUUCUAGUGACAACAUGAUUUGUGCUACGUGCGGUUUAAAUCGAACAUCUACUGAUACAACUAUUAAUCGUGGACGUUCAUUGACUACCGUUACAAGUAAUUUAACAGCGUUUGUAAAUGGAAUCACUGGAAAAGCACUUCCAAUAUCUACUGCUUCCGGAUCAAAGUCUUUAAUCAAUAGUACUGGCACUGUGUAUCAAACGCCUGAAUUCUCCUUCAGUAAACUUAAAUUUCUUCAAAAGUCCCGUAAUGGCCAGGAGCCUUGUCAAGAGACGGGCAGUGAUACUUCAAUACCAACUUUUUUUGCAGAAUCGGGAUCACAGGAUUUUCCAAAUGUACAAUCAAGUGCAAGUACUAGUAAAAAUACUCUUACAUUGGGCAACGAAUCUACAAAACAAUCUCGAAAUAGAUCCUCUACAUUGACACGCAAAUCCCAGCCUUCGCCACCAUUGCAUCCAGCUAAUCAGGAAUCGACAUGUCAGCGGUGUUUUUUGAAGAUCAAUGAUGCAAUGCUAGAAGCUGGAGAAAAGCGGUAUCAUCCAGAAUGUCUUUCAUGUGCCAUAUGCAAGAUUUCUUUGACAACAUCGUUGAUUCCUUUCAACAAUGAUGUUAUCUGUCGUGAAUGUUACUUACGCAAAUCAGGGCUUGUCUGUGGAGCCUGCCAUCAAUUGAUAUACAACGAGUAUCUUGUUAUUAAUGGCAUCAACUUUCAUGUAACUUGUCGCAGAUGCGAUAAAUGCGAUGCUGCAUUAUCAGGAAGGGAUCAUUUUAUAUUGGGCGAUCAAGUAUUUUGCAGUGAUCAUCGCGACUCGAUCAUAACAUGCUAUGCUUGCUCCCAACAUAUUGAAGGCGAAGUUCUAAUUGCAGGAAAUCCACAAAAGUUUUUCCAUUUGAACCAUUUUAACUGUCGUGGAUGUGGAAAAGAUCUUUCAGCAACAGUGUUUUACGAAAUGAGCGAUCAACUAUGGUGUCAGCCAUGUUUUCUCAAUCAGGAUGACAAGAUGACUCCCGUAUCCAGUGUUGAAAAACUAAUACCCGAAACAAGUGAAUAAGACUUAUAUCGAUAUCAGAUGGUAGCUGGAAUAACAAUUUGAACUUUAAUCCUGGCAAUG